AUGAAGCCCGGCGGCGACGAGGGCAGCGACAGCGACGAUGGCGACUGGGACAUUGGCGUCGUGCGGCAGGAGCCGCAGCAGUUGGAUCAAAUGUUGCAGGCGGACAAGCAUGAGGCAUUAAAGAAGGCUCUGUUUCGUGGUGAUGUGUCAUUAAUUGAAGAACUCUUAAACUCGGGUAUCAGCAUAGAAACUAGCUUUCAGUUUGGAUGGACUCCCCUGAUGUGUGCAGCCAGUGUGGCUAACUUUGCAGUGGUACGUCUUCUUCUGGACAGAGGUGCUAAUGCAUGUUUUGAAAUAGAUAAAUACACUGUGUUGAUGGCAGCAUGUACUGCACAAGCUUCAGAGGAGAACAUCUUGAACACUGUCGAACUGCUUCUGUCAAGGAAUGCUGACCCUAACCUUGCUUGCAGGAAACAAAUGACUGCACUGAUGUAUGCAGCUAGAAAAGGCUAUCCUCGGGUUGUUGCUUUUCUUGUUGCUCAUGGAUCACACAUAAAUGCCCAAGAUGAAAAUGGAUAUACAGCGUUAAUAUGGGCAGCACAGCAUGGACAUAAAAGUGUAAUUUUGAAGUUGCUUGAACUAGGAGCUGACAAAAAUCUACAGACCAAGGAUGAGAAAACAGCAGCAGAGCUAGCAAAAAUCAAUAAACAUUUAGAGAUAUUUAGUUUGCUCUCUUUGGCUGCAAAUCACUUGCAAGGGAGAUACCAUAAAACAGCUGAGCAAGAGGCUAUCUGCAAAUUUCUGACAGCUGUCUCUGACUACAGUGUUGGUUCCUGUUCAACUUUUCAUGACAUGGAAGUAUUUUUACAUGGUCUUGGUCUAGAACACAUUAGAGAAUUAUUGAAGGAACAAGAUAUACCUUUAAGACAACUUCUGACCAUGCAAAAAGAUGACUUAAUACAGAUUGGCAUUACAAAUCCUGGAGAUCAGCAGAAACUCCUAGAUGCUAUUAACGAUCUGCAAGUGGAAGAAAAAAAAUUUGAAGAUGUCUCUGAACUUAUGAAGCUGGAAUUGAGUGAAGAUGAAUUGCUCAGGUUUCUUCAGAAGUUGAAUAAAGAGUGUGGUAAGCUGAUCAUUCCUGUGCAGACCAUGAAUAACCAUUUCCUCAAAAAUUCUCACAAGAUGGUACUGCAGUGGGCACCGACUGAAUGUUAUAUUGAAGUCUGCAAAGACGUGAUUUGCAGUGUUAAAAAGUUGGAGGAAGAAGUUGGCAAACUGAAGGACCUCGUGGUGGAGUAUGAAGAGAAGACUAAACCAAACCAAGUGAAACUUCCACGAAAAGCAGCCACCUUGGAAAAAAGAUUAGCAAAAAUGGGAGUGGUAACAUUGCUUGGAUUUGGAUUUUUCUUAUUUGUAAUUAAAUUAGUAGCAAAGAGAACUCGAAUUUAAGUUUAGUGCUGUUUCUCAUUAUAUCUGCAAGUAUUUGUAUCUAGUAUGUACUUUGAUCUAAAAGUUAUUAAAAAUUAAAACUGUUAUUUAAGAGUAUCUUAGGGUUUUGUUUUGAAAUUCAUUGUUGAUAUAGAAUGUAGGUCUAAAAUCUUGUCAAAGCUGCUUUUCUGUUUUUGACAUAAAACUAUGAUUAUUUCUUAUUAAUUACUAGUUUUGGUUUUUUACUUUUACCUGUUCAGAGGUGAACAUAAGCAAAUUCUGAUUAUAUAUCACGUGUUUGUAUUUUAAAUUAUAGUGCAGAUGUGUUUUGGGGGUUGGGAGGGUAUAAAAUAUUUCAAGUAUCACUUUCAAUUUUAUGUUGAUAAAAAUCUUUUCUCUUGCAGAGAGAUACGUGUGUUGUUUUUUUUUUUUCUUUUCAUAAUCAAGAGAACUGUGGAGAUCUUGUUACAUAUUGCCCAAAAAGCCAUUUUCCACUGAACUAUGAUACUUAAAUUAUGCCUUAAAAAUCUGCUUCCUUAGGGAUACUCACCUCUAUUAAGUGUAUCAUCACAUCUAUUAAAGGAUUAUAGUAGUCCUUUGCUACAAGACUGCAGACAACUUAGAAGGCAUAGCAGCUUGGUUUUUCUUGGUCUGGUCUUUUACUACAAAUUUUUUCUUAAUAU